AUGUCUGAAAGCCUGGGAGAGGGGAAGUCACACGAAGAUGGAGAGGCUGAUAUAUGGAAGGGGCUGUCCGACAAGGCCGAGCGGAGGAAACGGCAGAACCGAUUGCACCAGCGGGCAUGGCGACGCCGCAAGACUCUGGAGGCAUCCGAGGCGGCUCUGGCAGCAUCAAAUGAGGGGAAGGCGUCGUCCGGCUUUUGGGUCCUCAAACCUGUAGUCCAAACCCAUUCAGAGCAGGAACAGCAAUUGCAGCUCUACAAAGAGGGAGUGCAGCAACCGGCGGCAUACUUUGUGUUGACGCCUCGGCCAACUGUAUCGUCUUCGCCCUCGGGCUCGUCGUCACCGCCCAGCUAUUUGUCUGGCCGUGUGAAGCUUAUACCUCCGCUCCUGCAGUAUGUGUCGAACGGCAGCUCAGCGACCGGAUCAAAUUCCUCCAUGUCGUCUCCUGUCAGCCUCCAGCCAAACCCGAACCUCCACAUGUUCAUCCUCCCUGCCGCCUUUGUCCACUUCCCACUCUCGCUCGACCACCGCCUCCUCACCCUUAUCCAGUACAAUGUCCUCCGCGCCACACUCACCAACAUGGCCAUCCUCGCCAUCCUGCACUCCGCCAUGGACGCCGACUGUGGUCUCGACCAGAUACUUGACCACAUCCACCCCCCGCUGCCCGCCCCGGCCACCUCACCAGACGAUCUCCCGGUUUCUCUUCGGCCCACACCGCUUCAGCGCCGCAUCUUCCAUGACCAAGAACCGCGACGGCCAGACAUGCUGUGGAUCAGCAGCGUACCUUCGCCCGCCAUGCGUGAUAAUCUGCUACGGACAUACGGCCAGUGGGAUCCAGACGACUUGUGCUGUGAUCUGCUCGGCGGACUCUACGAGGGAUUUGAUGACGUCGAGCGCCGUGGCAUCAUAGUAUGGUCGGAUCCCUGGCUGCCUGAUAGUUGGGAGGUGACGCCCGGGUUUGCGAAGAAGUGGCCGUUCUUGUUGACGGGAUGUGAUGAACUGAUGGCAGCAACCGACCGGUGGCGGGCAGGGCGCGGAGAGGAGCCGCUGGCGAUUGACUGGGGGAAGGAGUGA